AUGAAGGCAAAGACUCACAUUCUUCCAUUCUUUGCCACUCUCACUCUCAUUUGCCUGACCACUGCCCAACACCACUCUUUUUCUAGCAAUGCUGGCCCUAGGGACUUACAAACAAUACAUAUUAAGCAGAGCCAAAGACAGCUUUUACAUUACAGAGAGGAACUUGAUAUAGAAGAUGAGUAUCUGAUGUUACCAGCUUGCCUCAAAUUCGACAACCCUAGACUCAGAAGUGCCUACAUUGCACUCCAAGCAUGGAAACUAGCCAUCAUCUCGGACCCAUUGAACCUCACAUCCAACUGGGUGGGAUCCGACGUUUGCAACUACACUGGUGUCUUCUGUGCCACAUCUCUCGACAAUUCGUCGAUUCAAACCGUUGCUGGGAUUGAUCUAAAUCAUGGCGACAUGGCAGGGCACUUGGUUGCAGAGCUCGGACUCCUGACGGACAUUGCCUUGUUUCACGUUAACUCCAACAGAUUCUGUGGGAAAGUACCAAAAUCUUUCAAGAAACUAAAACUACUCUACGAGCUGGAUCUAAGCAACAAUCGUUUUGCGGGCAGGUUUCCGUACGUUGUUCUUGAUCUUCCAAAGCUCAAGUAUCUUGAUCUUCGAUUUAAUGAGUUUGAAGGUGAUUUGCCGAAAGAACUGUUUGACAAGGAUCUCGACGCGAUAUUCAUAAACCACAACAGGUUUGCUCUUGAAUUACCUGAUAAUUUUGGUAACUCGCCGGUUUCUGUUAUUGUUCUUGCAAAUAAUAAAUUCCACGGGUGUUUUCCAACAAGUUUGGUUAACAUGUCUAAGAACCUAAAUGAAGUGAUUCUCAUGAACAAUGGCUUGCGCUCGUGUUUACCUAGGGAGAUAGGAUUGCUUAAGAAGGUGACAGUUUUUGAUGCGAGUAAUAACAAACUCUACGGUUCUUUGCCUGACAACAUCGGAGAAAUGGAGAGUCUAGAACUGCUAAAUGUGGCACAUAAUAUGCUGUCAGGAAAUAUCCCUGGUAGCGUGUGUUUGCUUCCACAUCUGAAGAACUUUAGUUAUGCUUAUAACUUCUUCACUGGUGAACCACCAGCGUGUUUGGAUUUGGAAAAUUUUGAUGAUGGCAGGAAUUGUUUGAGGAACAGGCCCAAACAGAGAUCAACAUUGCAAUGUAAAGUGUUCUUGUCUAGACCAGUUAAGUGUGAGGCUUUUAAAUGUCACAAGUUCGAUCCUUCUCCACCGCCCCCACCACCGCCACCACAAUCACCACCACCUCCACCUCCACCUUCACCAGCUCCUCCAUCAGCAUUACCCUCACCACCCCCUCCAUCAUCAAUGCCACCACCACCCCCAAUACAUCCGCCUCCCCCCUUCUACUCCCCACCACCCCCGCCAAACCCACCUCCACCACCUCCGCCACGUCCUAUUUAUCAAUCACCCCCUCCGCCACCCCCUCCAAAUUCACCACCACCACCUCCCUCAUGUGCAGAACCCCCUCCACCUCCAUCACCUCCACCAUGCCAUGAGCAACCACCUCCACCAUCACCUCCAGUUCAAUACUUGCCGCCUCCACCUCCACCAGUUUAUAAUUCACCGCCUCCACCAGCUCCAGUGUAUAAUGGUCCAUUGCCACCUAUUAGUGGCAUACCUUACGCAUCUCCACCACCUCCACCGCUCUACUAAAUUGAUGAUUCUUUUUAGAGAUUUCUCCUUUCACCAGCCCUGAAAGAUCACAAUUACUUGCCUUGUAUUCUUGGUAACAAGGGGAUGAGACCGGACCCAUUUUAUAGCAAUCAUCCAAGAAUUGUUUCACAUAAUUGCAUGUAGCAGAAUUCAAGUUUAAAAGACAUUUGGAGAUAGAAAAGAACAGAAGGAAAAGAAGUGUGCAAGAAGAUUAAGUUUCCUUAUAUUUUUAUAAUUGAAUUGCCAUGCUUGUUUUUGAGUAGUUAAUAAGAUGAAUGAUGUAGAGAGAAACAGUAGGUUUGCAGGGAUUGUAAUUACAUGUAUGAGAUUCAUCUUAGCUAUUUAUAUGUGCUUUCCAAUGGAAAGAUCUGAUGUCUACUUCAAUGUCAUUGUUUAUUCUGUUCUUAUA